CAAAUGCGAAGACGGCGGUGGGGGGGAGGGGUGGUGACUCGCGCGCACCAUGCAGCUGGCACUGUCGCUGCUGCUCCUGGCCGCUUGCGUCACUGCUUUUGCGCAGAUCGCGUGGACACCCAUCUUUCUUGACGCCACUAGCCAAGUGGACCUAUGGACGCAAUCACCGAAGGGCUGCGCGUGCCCGUCGGGCGCAGACGGGGACUGCGCGUGCUGCGUGCGCGACGGCGCGUGCCCGUGCGGCGACGUGGCGCCGGCGCGCUGCGCGCAGUGCGGCCUGGAACAGUACUGCGCCAAUAUGUGCAACAUUACAAUCGACUCACGCGUCCUCAAGACCAAAUCCGGCAAAACGUUUGGGCAGAUUAAAUCGCCCUCCAUCCAAGGCCCAGGUGCCUGCUCCUACUUUCUACAGCCCGACGCUGGCCAGCGAGUGGAGAUUCAGUUAUACAGGCUGGUCUCCGUUGGAAGGUUCAAUGGUACCAGUUGCGAAGGAGGCUGGCUGCAGCUGAGCGGCGCGAGCGCGGUGCGCGCUGCGGGCGCCGGCGGCCCGGCCGAGACCCGCCUCUGCGGGGCCAAUGAGCGCUACACCCCGCCCGUUGUGCUGUUCGCUGACCAUGGCGCUUCCACUUUGGAAUUUAGGAUAACAGAGAAGACGGACCGGUCACAGUUCCUCGCGUUCUUCAGCUUCACUUCUCUUAGCAACACGCAAGGCGUUGGCUUCCACCCGAGCGGCGGUUCCAGGAUCCCGCAUACAGAUUGCGACUGGCUGUACCAAGAUGUGUCGUGCCGCGGGCCCAGCCCGUGCGUGCUGGCGAGCCCGGGCUACCCGGGUCUGUACCCGCCGCACCGCCGCUGUCGCUACCUCUUCGCCACCAACUCCGUCAACACCAGGGUCAAAAUCAUCUUCACAUCCAUUUUGCUGCCCAGAAAUCACUGCGCCACGGAUUACCUAACGCUUCGAGCUGGCAACUCGCCCUCCGCUCCUUUGCUGGCGACGCUUUGCUCGGAGAGAAGCGCUACUUUGGAGCAACCCGGACCAAACCUAUUACUACAAUUCAAUUCAGGACCGCUGGUGCCACCGUACGACUACAACGGGUUCAUCGCUCGGGUGGAGUUCACGGAGGGGGUGGACGGCAGCGCGCCGCCGCCCACUGUAGUUGCCUCGCCGCCGUUGGCUGCGCUCACGCAUCAUACGUCGCACGAAGAUAGAUUGUUAGAUCUGGACAGCAAUUCCGUGACAAACGAGAUCUCGAGCGGCGUGGGCGCCGGCGGGCGCGUCGGGUGCGGAGCGCGCGUGCGCGGCUACGGGCCCGGCGGCGCGCGCUCCGGACACUUCGACACGAGGGCGUCCGCGUGGCGCGCGCAGUGCGCCAUACAUCUGCUGGGCACGCCGACUGACGUCGUGCAAGUUACAUUGUUUAAUUAUAAUUUAAGGUUACAAAGUUGUAGAUCUCAUAUUGAGAUCUUUGAAGGACUUCACGAGUUUCCCUCGAGAGAGAGGGGUGAGCGGUCAGACAGAGCGGACCGGACGCUGCUGAGAGUGUGUGGUCCGGCCGUGAGAGAAGCGAGGGACCCGUCUGGGAGGUUCCUGGUGCGGCAGGCAGUGAUAUCCAAGGGUGCUAACUUGACCAUUUUGGUGCGACGCGCGACUUCGCAGAGCGCUGAUGAUGAAGAAUUCCUUGAUGGCGCUUUUGCGUUUCAUGACGAGCAACACGAGGGUACUGCGUCCCCGGACGCCACGUGCACGGCCACGCAUUACGGGCUGGCGGCGCCAGCACACGGCGGCGUAGCUGCACCAACACACCAUCACGUGUUCUGGAACCUCGAGGAGCGGCUGGUGUGCACGCACCGGUUCAUACCGGCGGCUAACCAAAGCGUCACCAUCGAGAUUCAGCGGUUGGAGCGCAUGUGGAGCGCCGAGCCAGCCGGGUCGGGCGCGGCAGGCUGCCGUACGGCGUGCGGCGACGCCGGGUGCGAGUGCCGGGCUGCGACCCCUCUACACUACCAUGACCACGUCGCGCUCGUGGCAGGCGAUGGCACGCACCUGUCCUGUUUAUGUGGUGACUUUCAGGCGGCGUGGCUGCCGGUGGUCGUGCGCAGCUGGACGAGCCUGCGUCUCGAGUACUCGGUAGCACAUUACACGUUUGCAAGCCGAGGCUUCGACUACGCUGCCGCCUACAGCUUCAACGACGACGCCAUGUGCGGACAGCGCACCUUCACGACGCAUUCUGGUGAAAUAUCUUCGCGAAAUGUGCCGGUAACGGGCAGCCUAAACGAGUUCUUUUACCAACAAUGCACUUGGGUGUUGGAUUCAAAUGUUGAAAGACAACUCUACAUUGAUAUAUCCUCAGAACAGGACAAGUCGUGUGGGUCGUGGAACAUCACGCUGCACGAGUGGGCCGGCGCAGGUGCUGGUGAGGCGGGGCUGGCGGCGGCGGCCGGAGACCGGCUCUUCACCUUCUGCGCGCGCUACAAGAACCACACAUAUUCGCUGCCCUACAAACAGAACACUGUAGUCAUAAGACUCGUGGCGUUGUCACGGCAGCAGCCGCUGUACACGAUCCGGUGGCGGUCGCAAGUGGUACGCGCCAACACGCGCCUGGGCGCGCCUACGCCCGCGUUGGCCGCUUCGGCCAGUGAAAUCACCACUCAUUUACACCGUCUUCUACUCUACGCGAUCCUCUACAUCAACGCUCAAACUUUCCGCCCAGUGACUGUGUGAUUUAAAUUAUUCAGUGAAUCUCGGUGGCUGUUUUGCAUAUUUACUUAUUGAAAUUUAAAUUUUUUGAAGCCGUGCGAACGAUGUGAAUUGAGUGCGGUGAGAAGACUGUUUCUUUACUUAGGUGUAUCGUAUGGUCUUCAGUUUCGUAGAUUUGAUAUUGAAUGAAUAUCUGGAGCUGUAGGUACUAUAACAGAUGUUUGAGAAAUAAAAGCUUUUCUGUUCAUAAACACAGGGUGAUCGUAUGUCAUGUUACGUUAGUGAAUAGUUUUUGUUUGCUUUUUUUAUUUUUCAGCACUUCUAGUUGCCCUUGUUUUAAUCAACUUUACUUACGGUCAAAGUUAAUAUUACUUGUUUAGGAGAACACAUUGCAAAUCGAUGUAUUAAAGUAGUUAGGGAAAGACACUGAACAUUUUAAAUAACCGCUAUAUUUUUAUUUUGUCAUUGUAAAUACAAACAUCACAUCAAGUUCAUUAAUAAAACGUAAGACGAUGGUAAGAAUUUAUAAUUUUAGAAUGUUUAGUGUCCAACACAAUACAUGUUCAAUCGUUAAAUUGUUUGUUUCAAAUAUUAGUCUUUAAUGUACCUAUUAAAUAUGUAUGUACGUCUCGAUGUCAAUUAUGAUAUUUGUUGAUAUUAUGUUAGUCAAACCAAACAGCUAGCAAGUUUUGUGUCGGGCUUUGUUAGCUUAGGCGCUGCAGAAUUAUUCAGUUUUAUUGUGACUUGCAUAAAUUCGACGAAUUAAAAUAUGUACCUAGGUAGGUUAUACCUAUUAAAUCAAGAGGAAACCUAACAUUUCUGGAACAUAACGUAGUUGAAAUAGGUCUGUUUUAGCUUGUUUUAAAAUGUUAUAAGGCUUUAUAUAAUAUAGUUAAAUAUACUUGGUUGAAAAAAACCGGCACGUUUUUAUUAAUUGAAGAGUAAAACUCAAUUAUUCUAAUUACCUUUGUAUUAUGCACAGAAUUUUAUGAAAUACGUAGCCAAAACUUGUUAAAGCAUGAACAUUCAUAGUUCAUUACAAUCAUUACACAUAUGACAUAAGUCAUUAGAUACUACACAAAAGUAACCGAGACUGACAGUCGUUUAUACAAAAUCUCAGUCGUAUAGAAACCUAGAAAUUAUAAGUGUGAUGAUCAGCUCAGGAACUGUACUGACUAGGCUAGAGCAGACGACGUAUUCAGAUAAAAAAAUAUAUAGUUAUGGUAUUGUUCCAUGCAUCCCCUUCGCACCUGAUCACUUGAUCAGUUAGUGUGAGUGAAUGGGACUAAAAUUUAUGUAAAAUCAUUUUUUUUAUCUGAAUGCCAAUAAUCUAGGGGCAUGGCAAAGCCACCGCCAAGUCAAGCAAGAUUAACUUUACAACAGUUCGAUCCCCUAUUGAGCCUUGUCUCUACCCCUUAGUAAUAUUUAUGUAAACUACGGCGUUGUUCAGUGUUCUUAGUCAUUGUUUAUAAUAGCAAAUGUGCGGCUGACUCAAAUUAUCGAUUAAAUAUGUUUAAUUUAGACCAGUAGAUGUAAAUAGUUAAUUCGGAUAAUAACUAACGAAGCUCUAAUCUUAUUAGACGAUUCCGUGGUACCUAUUAAUUAAAACGUUUGUUACACCGAAAUAGAUAAACUGAACGCA